AUGCCUUUAACGUGUUCCGUUACUUGCGGUAGUGGAGUCAGAUGUCGAAUUCGAAGUUGUCUUGAUGGAUAUGGUAAUGUACAACCAUCAACAAUGUGUGAAAGUUCAAGUCCAGAUGAAGCUAAAUACUGUACACCGUGUUUUGUUAAUAUACGUUGCCCACGCAUUCCAGGAUGGGGAAUAUGGAGUUCAUGGUCAUCAUGUCUUCCAGCAAGUGCUCAGAAAACUCAUGAGCAGGAAUGUCUUCCUGGAAUUAGAACCCGUUACAGACUUUGUAACAAUCCUCCUCCAGAACCACAUGGAUUCAAUUGUUCUGGCAUUAACCAACAGACUACAGAAUGUGAUUACAACUGUAUGGAUGAUACUUAUAAUAGCCUCCGUGAUAUUGUUCAUAAAAUAGAUUUUCAAGUUGCAAAAGAUCAACUUAACUCAAAUGCAUAUCAAAAUAGUCUACGAAUGCGUGUUAAGCAAAGAGUUCGAAUGGACUGUGUAACACCAGCUUACAAUCUUGCCAAAAGGUUAACUUCUCGAGGAAUUUUCGGUCUAACUUCUCAACGAUUUAAAGAGUAUACUUUGAUAACAAAAUGGCUUAAAAAUGGAAGAUUAAUAAAUCCAGACGAUUCUAGUUUAGGAUUUAUAUCCAAAAGAUUUUAUAAAACUGGAAAUACUGUGACUAAUCAAGACAAACUUCUUAAUGAAGAAAUGAAAUGGAAUAUACUGCCAACGACAUCUUCAUUCCAGAUGGAAGAUACAUACCUAGUUUUUCCAAGUAUAGAACAUGAUGAUCAAGGUUUUUAUUCCUGUCAAAUGACAAUUGGAAAUCAUAAGUGGGAUAUAAUUUUUUAUAACUUAAUUGUAACUGGAAUAAAAUAUAUUGCAUUAGAAGGUGAUCCGUUUUAUCUUUAUUCCAAUCUAGGAUAUUUUAAUGCAUUGGAUAGUACAACUGUUUGGAUGGAAUCAGCUCAAAUAGUAUGGGAAUUGAAUGGUCAUGAAUUUGCACGUAAUUUAGCUUUACGAUUAAACCGACGUAUUCACUUAAUUCCUUACUUAAACUUAACACAUCAUGGGACGUGGAAAUGCUUUUUACAUAUACCAGCGUAUGGUUUACCAAGUCAAGUCGGUAACCCAUUGACAUCUAUUAGUAGAAUUUAUUUAAUUAAUGAAUUUUAUUUAAAAAUUUUUCCAGUACAACCUACUUUAUGGCAAUCAAUUGGAUAUCUAUUCACCUCUGGAGUGUUGGAAAAAACUACUGUAAUCUUACUAACGAUUGGUUUACUUAUAACUCUAAUGAUAUUAUUGAAUAUAUGGGCUGCCAGAUGUUGGAUAAAACGAACACUUACAACUGUUCAGCAAAAAGCUAUUAUACAAGAAUUGUUAGAUAAUGAAUGUAGAUUAUUAUUGACCUGUAAAAAACGGGCUUAUACAAAUAGAAAUAGAUUACUACCACUAAUUUUACAAGAAAGUCAAUGUUUACGGAAAAAGGUAGAAUUUUAA